CCGAAAAAAAAUGGAAUCAUAUUUUUCGUACAUUUUCUGUUCAAUUCUUGUGCUUUAGAGAAAUUUUGUUUUUUGGUUUUGCUGAUUUGGGAUUUGGUGGUGUUAAAGGAUGCGGAGCUUGCCCAAGUAAUGGAAGGAUCAAUUGAUUAUGAUCCCAUUACUCCUGAACUGUAUCAAAGGGUAUCUUCAAUAAUCCAUGUGAAAGAGGAAGAUGUCAUUACCAUCUCUUGUUCACUAAUGAAUUCUGGUUAUCUUUGUCGUCUUUUGAGGUUACUGGCAGGGCAGUUCAAAAUUUAUUUCAAACAUUCAAGGGUUGCCAUUGUUGUGGCUAGUAUGUGUUCACAAUUUUGCUCUCUAGGUACCAUGUCUUCUUAUUAUGCAGGGUACUUCUCGGGUGACAAAAAAUCCCAAGCACAACAGCAGGGUACUUCUAGGGUGACAAAAAAUCCCAAGCACAACAGCCUGAAGCUAAAGUCAUAUUGGCUUGCAUACCAGGAGCUGAUCCAAGUUUACUUCGAAGCGACUGAUGUUAUUAUCAACUCUAUCAUUGUUUCUCAGUGUAGUGUUAAGUGGACUACCACUCCUGUAAUAAUAGAUUGAUAAUUUUAUUCAAGUUUUGCUCGAUUCUAUGCUUGUAAGUUUGGUAACAGGUCUUGUAACUUUAUGGUCGAUAUACUUGCAAUUUUAUGCCAAGUGUCCAAGUCCUGGAUGAAUGGUCAUUGUUAUCGCAUUUCCUUAUGUUAAAGAGGCUUUGGUCAGUGAUGUAACUACCCUUUAUUAUUAAAAUAAAUAAAUAAAUAAUAUUUUGAUGUUUUGAA